UUGGUGUUGUCGAUCAUGGCGAAUGCAGUAAAAGCAGCUGGAAAGGAUAUAGAGAAGACAGAGGUUGGUGUUGUUCAGAAUAGGCGAGGGGCGCUGGUAUUUAUCGGGCUUCACUACGGCACUUAUAGUUGUCCCUGCAAAUCAUAUAUUUCUAAAGAUCCUUGGGUUUCCCCUAGAGAAGAGUCUGCUCCAGCUAGUGCUGAGGAUCUGGCUGCCCAAAAGAGAGAAGCAAGAUUGAGGAAAUUUCGAGAACUGCACUUGAAGACAAAUGAGGCUCGAAAGUUAAAUCAUCAAGAAGUGGUAGAAGAAGACAAACGUCAGAAACUGCCAAGUAACUGGGAGGCACGGAAAAGCCGAUUAGAAUGGCAGCUCAAAGAAGAAGAGAAGAAAAGGGAAUGUGCAGCGAAUGGUGUUGACUAUGAGCGGGCAAAGCUCUUGGAAAUAAGUGCAGAAGAUGCUGAAAGGUGGGAGAGGAAAAAGAAAAGAAAAAAUCCUGACUUGGGAUUUUCAGAUUAUGCAGCAGCACAGCUACGCCAAUAUCAGAGGCUGACAAAGCAAAUUAAGCCAGACAUGGAAGAAUACAAGGUGGAGAAAGAGAAGCAAGGAGAAAUGUUCUACCCCACGUCGGACAGUUUGUACCAUGGCACUCAUGUCCCCUCCCAAUCUGGGAUCGACAGAAUGGUCACAGAUCUUGAAAAACAAAUUGAAAAACGUGAAAAAUACAGCCGCAGGCGUGCCUACAACGAUGAUGCUGAUAUUGACUACAUUAAUGAGAGGAAUGCAAAAUUCAACAAGAAGGCAGAGAGAUUUUAUGGCAAAUAUACGGCUGAGAUCAAACAGAACUUGGAAAGAGGAACGGCUGUCUGAACUGGCUCUUCUGCUUCACUUGUUUUUCAUCUUGUAAAAUAUCUGCUUUUAAUCCAGUCCAUGGCAAAGUACUGCCUAAUCUUUGCCCUAACAGGCAUUUUUCAGUUAAAAGAAAAAUCCUGGAAAAUUUAUGAAAGUGUUUUCUGGACAUUAUCCUCUCCAAAGUAAUGUUGUAAAUAAAAUCUUAAAAUUCUGCAUUUAAA